GGCGGAGGCGGCCGCUGGGGGUGGCACCGGCCGCGCCGCGCCGCGCCGGGGGCUCCGCACCGGCCCCGGCCCCGCGCCCGGCCCCGGCGGCAGGCGUGUGAUGGUGGCGGCGGCGGGCGGCCCCCGGGAGCAUGCCGCGCACGCCGGCCUCGAGCGAGGAGGAGGAGGGCCGGGCCUCGGAGGGGCCCGAGGGCGACUCGGACUCGGGCAGCUCCCGCGAGGGCCCCCCCGGCGCUAACCCCGGCCCCCCCCGGCCCCGCGCCGGCCCCCGCGGCCCCCCGGCCCCCGACGACGGCCACUUCAGCAUGAUGGUCUUCCGCAUCGGCAUCCCCGACCUGCACCAGACGAAGUGCCUGCGCUUCGACCCGGGGGCGGCGGUGUGGGCGGCCAAGCAGCAGGUGCUCUGCACCCUCACCGAGGGCCUCCAGGACGUGCUCAACUACGGCCUCUUCCAGCCGGCCGCCGCCGGCCGCGACGCCAAGUUCCUCGACGAGGAGCGCCCGCUGCGCGACUACCCGCAGAGCUUCGACCAGGGCGUGCCCUACCUCGAGUUCCGGUACAAGACCCGGGUCUACAAACAGACCAACCUGGACGAGAAGCAGCUGGCCAAGCUCCACACCAAGACGGGGCUGCGCAAGUUCCUGGACUACGUGCAGCACGGCUCGGCCGAGAAGGUGGCACGGCUGCUCGAGCGCGGCCUCGACCCCAACUACCACGACUCCGACUCCGGCGAGACGCCGCUGACGCUGGCGGCGCAGCGCGACGGCCCCGCCGAGGUGGAGAUCAUCCGGCUGCUGUGCCUGGGGGGGGCCCACCUCGACUUCCGCGCCCGCGACGGGGCCACCGCCCUGCACCGCGCCGUCUGCACCCGCCGCUACGCCGCCCUCCUGGCGCUGCUGGACCUGGGGGGCUCCCCGAACUACAAGGACCGCCGGGGGCUGACGCCGCUCUACCACACGGCCAUGGUGGGGGGGGACCCGCGCUGCUGCGAGCUGCUGCUCUACAACCGGGCGCACAUCGGCACCGUCGACGAGAACGGCUGGCAGGAGAUUCACCAGGCCUGCCAGCACGGCCACUCGCAGCACCUGGAGCACCUGCUCUUCUACGGGGCCGAGCCGGCGGCGCAGAACGCCUCGGGCAACACCGCGCUGCACAUCUGCGCCCUCUACAACAAGGAGAGCUGUGCCCGGAUCCUGCUCUACCGCGGGGCCAACAAGGAGGUGAAGAACAACAGCGGGCAGACGCCCUUCCAGGUCGCCGUCAUCGCGGGGAACUUCGAGCUGGGGGAGCUCAUCAAGAACCACCGCGACUCGGACGUGGUGCCGUUCCAGGAGAGCCCCCAGUUCGCGGGCCGGCGCCGCGAGGGGCCCCGGGGGCUGCCGCUGCCGCGGGCGCUGCUGCGCGCCAACAGCGACGCGGGGCCGGGGGCCGAGCGGGGCCCCCGCGGCCCCCCCGGCGCCCCCGCCGCCCCCCGCGGCCCCCCCGGCACCCUGCGCAGCGCCAGCAGCCCCCGGGGCGCCCGCGCCCGCUCGCCCUCCCGGCCCCGGCACCCCGACGACGCCCGGCCCCGGCAGCCCCGCGGCCGCCCCAGCUCGAGCGGCUUCGCCCGGGAGCCGGGGCCCGGCGGGACCCUCAACAGCCGCGGGGUGAAGCGGAAGCUCUACUCGGCGGUGCCCGGCCGCACCUUCAUGGCCGUGAAGCCCUACCAGGCCCAGGGCGACGGCGAGCUCUCGCUCAGCAAGGGCGAGAAGAUCAAGGUGCUCAGCGUGGGCGAGGGCGGCUUCUGGGAGGGCCAGGCCAAGGGCCGCGUCGGCUGGUUCCCCUCCGACUGCGUCGAGGAGGUGCCCGCCCGGACCCCCGACGGCAAGGCGGAGAGCCGCAGCGACAAGGCCAAGCGCCUCUUCCGACACUACACGGUCGGCUCCUACGACAGCUUCGACGCCCCCAGCGAUUACAUCAUUAAGGAGAAGACCGUUUUGCUGCAGAAGAAGGACAACGAAGGCUUCGGCUUCGUCCUCCGUGGGGCCAAGGCGCAGACCCCCAUCGAGGAGUUCACGCCGACGCCGGCCUUCCCGGCGCUGCAGUACCUGGAGUCGGUGGACGAGGGCGGCGUGGCCUGGCGGGCCGGGCUGCGCAUGGGCGACUUCCUCAUCGAGGUGAACGGGCAGAACGUGGUCAAGGUCGGGCACCGGCAGGUCGUUAACAUGAUCCGCCAGGGCGGCAACAGCCUCGUCGUCAAGGUCGUCAUGGUGACGCGGCACCCCGAGGCCCCCGAGGGCCCCCGCCGCCGCGCGGCCCCCCAGCAGCCCAAGCGCCUGCCGGCGCCGGCCAUCUCGCUGCGCUCCAAGUCCAUGACGUCGGAGCUGGAGGAGAUGGGUGGGUGCCCGGACGCCUGGGCCCCCCCCGCCCCGGAUGCCUGGACCCCCUUCGCCCCGGACGCCUGGGCCCCCUCCGCCCUGGAUGCCUGGGCCCAGGCCUCGGGGGGGGGGUUGGGGGUGGAGAAGGGUAAGUUGGGGGGGGGCCCUGGGGGGGCCCGACCCCCCCUCACCCCCCCGGGACCCCCCCCGACCCCCUGGGACCCCUCUGGGACCCCCUGGGACCCCCCCGGCCCCUGGGCCCCCCCCGGCCCCCCCCCCGUAACGGCCUCUGGUGUCUCCCCAGUCUCGCCCUGGAAGAAGCGCAGCGAGUUCGAGCCGCCCUCAGCCACCGAGAAGAAGCGCACGGUCUACCAGAUGGCGCUGAACAAGCUGGACGAGAUCUUGGCGGCGGCGCAGCAGAGCAUUGGGGCGGGCGAGGGGCCGGGGCCCCCCCCGCUGCCCCCCCUCGCCAAGGCCCGGCCCAGGGGCUACUUCAGCCCCGAGGCGACCUUCGAGGGCCACCGCCUGGGGCCGGGGGGCUACGAGCGGCCAUUCCUGCCCCCCGGCCCCCCCCACGGCCUCAUGCUGCGCCAGAAGUCCAUCGGCUCGGGCGAGGAGGACAAACCCUUCCUGGCUCCUCCGGCCUCGUCGGCCAAGUUCAGCCGGAGCCUUUCGGUGCCGGGCCCGGAGGAGAUCCCGCCGCCGCCCACCACGUCGCCGCCGGAGCCGCCCUACAGCGCCGCCGCCAACAAGGCCUUGGCCGGGGUGGGGGCCCCGCCGCCGCCGCCGCCGCCGUCAUGGCGGGCCGGGGGGGCCGAGCUGCGCCUCUACAACCUGCCCGCCCGCCCCGGCGCCAUGUACGUGCCGGCCAAGCCGCUGCGGCGCAAGGGCCCGCUGGUGAAGCAGCCCAAGGUGGAGGACGGCGCCGAGAAGGAGAAGAGCUCCAUCGCCAUCCCCACCAUCGUGGUGAAGGCGCCGUCCACCAGCAGCAGCGGCCGCAGCAGCCAGGGCAGCAGCGUGGAGGCCGAGGCCGUGCCCGAGGCCGCGCCGGCGCCGGCUCCGCUCGACUUCACCUCGCAGUUCGGGGCCGCCUUGGUGGGGGCGGCGCGGCGGGAAUGGCCGCCCGAGGGGCGCCGGCGCUCGGCGCUCUUCCUCUCCACCGAGGAGGACGAGGAGGAGCUGGCGCCGCCGCGCCUCCGCCACUCCAAGAGCAUCGACGAGGCCCUGUUCGCCGGCGAGGCCCUGGCGCCCCGCGGCUACGCCGCCGGCUCCUACCGGCCCGCCAAGGCCUGCGCCGGGGCCUUCAGCGCCGUGCCGCCGCCGCCAUCUUGCGCCGGGGCCCCGCCGCCAUCUUGUGCCGCCGCCGCCGCCCGGGCGCCAUCUUGUAGCGCUGCGGCGGCGACGCCCAACGUGGCACCGGCGGCGGCGGUGCGGGCGAUGGCGGCGGCCCCCGGGCGCCUGCCGCCGUGCGAGGCGGCCCCGCGGGAGGACCGCGGCCGCCCCGCGUCGCCCCGGCGCCCCGAGGCCGAGGCGGCCUGGGGCGGCGGGGAGAAGCGGCCGGAGGAGGCCAAGAUGGAGCUGCACGUGCGCUUCGUGGAGGAGGAGGAGGAGGAGGACGAUGGCGGCGGCGGCGGCAACAGCAGCAACGGCGGGGACGGGCUGCCCUUGCUGGCGCUGCCGCCGCCGGCGCCGUCCGUGGACGUGGAGGACGAGUUCCUCUUCGAGCCGCUGCCGCCGCCGCUCGAGUUCUCCAACAGCUUCGACAAGGACGGCGGGGCGGCCGCGCCGCCGCCGCCGCCGCCGCCGCUCGACUCCACGGCCUCCAGCCUGACGUCGUACGACAGCGAGGUGGCCACGCUGACGCAGGCGGCCCCCCGCGACGCCCCCCACGUCAACUUCUCGGCCGUGGUGGCCUCCAUCGCCAUCCCCGCCGAGGCGCCCGAGGCCGUCACCGACUCGGGCAUCGAGGAGGUCGACAGCCGCAGCAGCAGCGACCACCACCUGGAGACCAUCAGCUCCGUGUCCACGCUGUCGCUGUCGAGCGAGGGCGCCGAGCUGCUCGACACCUACGUCUCCUACCUGGACGGCCAGGCGCCCUUCGAGAAGGCGGCCAAGGCGCGCGGGCGGCCCUUCGCCCCCCGCCGCCCCGCCGAGCCGCCCGCCGCCCCCCGCCGCUCGCCCACGCUGCCCUGGGAGGAGGCGGCCGCCCCGCCGGCCGUGGCCGCCGUCAAGGCCAGCAUCAUCAGCGAGCUCAGCUCCAAGCUGCAGCAGAUCGGCGCCGGCAGCGGAGGAGGAGGAGGAGGAGGAGGAGGAGGAGGAGGAGGAGGAGGUGCCGCCUGGCCCCGCGGUCCGGAUGCCGCCGCCGCCGCCGGUGCCGCCGCCUUCGGCCCCGAGCGGCCCAGCUCGCUGCAGCGGCACAGGCUCGCCGAGGAGGCCGGCGCCCCGCCGGGCGCCCCCAAGCCCGCCGCGGCCCUCUUCCCGCACUGGCCGCCCCCGAAGGCACCCAAGGGUGCCGGGGGGGCCGGGGGGGAGCUGGAGGUGCGCCCGGCGCUGCGCCGAGCCCCCAGCCCCGCCACGCUGCCCAGCGAGCACAAGAUGAGCCCGGCCCCGCCGCGGCCCGCCUCGCUGCCGCUGCUGCCCGCCGCCCCGCUCUACGCCGGCCUCCUGGAGCUGCGCGGCGGCACCGGUGGCUUCGGGGACCUGGCCACCCGCUCGCUGUCCCCCACCCGCUUCCUGCCGCCCGACAAGCCGUUCGGGGCGAAGCCGCUGCCCUUCUGGACCAAAUUCGACGUGGCCGACUGGCUGGAGUACCUCAACCUGGGCGAGCACCGCGACCGCUUCCUGCACAACGAGAUCGACGGCUCCCACCUGCCCUCGCUCACCAAGGAGGACUACAUCGACCUGGGCGUCACCCGCGUCGGCCACCGCAUGAACAUCGACCGGGCCCUCAAGCUCUUCCUCGAGAGGUGA